AUGACGGAAGUUUUCAUGAGGUCCGAGCCGAAGAAUUCCACCCGUCUUGGCUGCGAAUUCCGAACCGCUUCAACCUCUCUCUCUUACUAUCUCCUCUCCCCACAUAUCACCAACAUGUCGUUCCGGCCGAUCUUGCAGCAGCGGGCUGUGGCUCCGAUCGCAGCCACCCUCCUGGCAGGAGGCAUGGCUCUGUACCCCAAGCAGACAGUCUUCGCGGAAGAGUCUCGAGAGAGGAAACCCAUCUACGACGACUUCGCGUCUGAAAUUCCCGAAGCUAUCAAGGCCCCUACGCCUGCGCCUGCGCCUGUUGCUGCAUCCGAACCCGAGGCUUCCAAGUCUUCCUUCUCUCUGCCUCUGCUGCAAACAUCUCCUUCCUCGCCUACUCCGACAGACAUCUUGACCUCUCAGGUCCGCCAAGCCCGUCUCUUCAUUUACUCGCACUCUCUUGCCGCGGAGAACGGCUUCAACGACUUCCUGUCCCGUGCUCUGCACAUUGAAAAUGCUUUCACCAACACCGUUGCAUCUCUUGCUCCCUCCGCCGAGUCCGGUGAGCGUCUGACUCCCGGCGGUGUCUACGUCGUCGUGGCCGCUAUGGCCGGCUCCAUCGUGUCACGCAACCGCGGCAUCUUCCUUCGCACUCUGUCUCCUCUUGCCUUCGGUACCGUGGCUGCUUACUCUCUCUUGCCUGUCACAAUGAAGAAUGUUGGCGAACUUGUUUGGUCAUAUGAGAAGCGAUUCCCCGCCGUUGCGGACCAGCACAUUGCCCUUCGUGAGCGGGCAGAGCACAUUUGGUACACUGGCAUUGCGCACAGCGGAAUGGGUCGCCAGAUGAUGGAGGACAAGAUUGGUGAGACUCGGAAGAAGCUGGAGCAGCUGGUCAGCAAGGGCCACUAG